AAAGGAAAAAAAAAUAACUAAUAUUAAAAAGGUUUCUUUAGUGGCCAUUAAUAUUGCAUAUGUCCACAACAUGCUUUAACAUGUUAUAUUCAAACAAUCAGCAGCAAGAAAGGUUCUUCAGGCAUAAUAUUUUUCCUCUCCAUGGAUCCAAGAAUCUCCUUCUCCAAUGAUUUUGCUGACACUACUCAACUAUCCAUCAAGCAUGAUAACAUCUACAGAGAAGCACCUGUUUCUUCGGAUUUCGAAUUCUCUGUGAAUAACUACAAGAUGAUAUCAGCGGACGAGGCUAUCUUCGAGGGCAUGUUGUUGCCUUUGAAGGAUAAUUCUACCAACCAGCCUAGGAAAACAACUUUAAAAGAUGAAUUGCUUCUUGAUGAUGAUGAUGAAGAUAAUUAUGAGCAAAUGUUUUUGAGGCCAUCGAAGAGUUUAGGACGGUGGAAGGAACGUUUGGGACUCAAGAAGGCACACAUUUUAUCUAAAAAAGCGAAUAAGAAUGAUGGGAUUUUGGAAAGAGUAGUUGAAGAGGAAAGGACUACUAUGUUUGUUCAUGAGGCUGCUCUUAUUACCAAGGAAGAUCAGGUAAGGAAUUACUUUUUGAUGGAGGGUUGAGAUGCAGAGAAAGUGCAAUAUGAUGGAGGGGGAAAAAAAUGGAUCUAAAGUAAAGGUGGCAAGUACUGGAAUUGGAAACAACCCCAUUUCUCCAAAGAAGAAGAAAAGAAAUUAAGAAUCGGCUAUUGGAGGAAGACUCUUUUUCCUUCUGUUAGAUUUUAUGGUAUCCUAGAUUUAUUUACUGCAUGUUGGAGGCUGGCUUAACUUUUCUUUUCUUUCUUUUUUUUUUUUUCUCUUUUUUUUUUUUUUGUUUUCCUUUUUUGGGGUAUAUCCAUAUUUAAUUGUAGAAAACACCUCCUCAAUUCUCCUUAUGAAAUGAGGAACAAGAUGGUAUCUGGCUGUUGUGGCUCUGUACAAAUAUUUGCAGUCUCUAUGAAUCAAUAUAAUUUAUUACAUUAAUAUAUGUAAUUAUGGUUUUCACUAUUCCAUUAGUAAUUUUCAACUGGCCUGCCUUUUUUCACGUUUUAGAAAUUUUAGCUUGUCUUUUGUUUCUUCGUUUUAAUUACCUCUUUUUUUCUUUUUCCUUUUUUUAUUUUUUUUUUGUUUUUUUAUUUUUAUUAUUUUUUUUUUUUGAAGAAAUAAGCACCAAACGAAUUAGAUAACUAUAAUCUUAAUUUUCUGAGGCUCUACCAUAAACCAGUAACUUAACGCCACCUUGCUAAACUUCUUGCCAUCAUUUUUUAAAAUAUAUAUAUAUAUAUAUAUAUAUUUUUUUUUUUUUCCAAGGUGGUAAACCAAUCCAACUCUUAUUUCACAUUCUUUCCUUCAGCAUUCAUUAUACAUACAACCAGUACCUUACCAGGCACAUAAAAACAUACAUAUGUACAAUUAGUAUCUUAUUGCUUUACGCAAAAAUCAGCUUCGUAUUGGGUAAUAUAUACCAACAUGCAUUAUAUACAAGUAAUUGUAUAAUUUACAUGCAAACAGAUCAAUAUCAGGGUUCGGCUUGUAGUUUCCGGGUCGUAUAUCCAAUGGCCUGCACGUCCGGAAUGAAACACUCUCUCUUUCUAAUUCAAUUAAACUCGAUGCUGUAUUCUUACCAACUUCGUUCUUUUAUUUGUUUUCCUUACAUAUAUGAAUUAACUAAUUCCGUAUAGCUAAUCUUUCACAAAUUAAAAUUCAUUUCUAUAUUUGAUAACCAAAAAUUGAAAGCAUAGCAACUAAAGUUGGCACAUUUUAGGAGUUAAAAAUCAGGUACCUAAUGAUGGUAACAGCAAUUCCUGGUACAAGUUCGUAAAUGGCAUUUCCCUCGUGAGACCUCAAGCAGGAACAGGUCCAUCAAAUUUAGAACCACAAUGGAUUUACCAAUUAAUAUACAACAUCAUUUCUCAAAUUUAUGCCUAAAAUUGGCUAAAACGAAAAGUACCGCCCAAAAGGGGAAAAAAUAAAAAUAAAAAGAAAAAAGAAAAAAAGAAAAAAACAAGCACUUGACUCGCAUCUAGCAUUAAUAUUACACUAGUAUAAUUACAUAAUGCUGCUGGUCGCCCAAAAUAAAAGAAUUUUGAAGAACUAUUUACAAUCAACAGAAUCAACAUACAUUUGAAUGAGGCUUUCGAAAGAAUUAUAAUGGGGUAUACAUACUAACUACCAUUUUUUUUUUUUUUUUUGGGUGAAAUACAUGGUAA